CACAGGUGUAGUUUCAACAGUGGGAGUCCAAUACCAUUGUUUCAAGUCAUGUGGUUGUUGAGUGUUAGAUAUGCCUCAUAUUUGGGCCCAUCCCCUAAUGAGACGGUGAAAUUGUUAGAGGGGCUAGAUUUCUUAAAAACAUUAUGCUGGCCACAUGAAUUUUUGGAGCUCCUCUAAAUAGUUGUUAAAUACCAUUGUUUUGAGUCGAGCAGUCCACUUCAGUGUCGGAUUGCCUCAUAUUUGAGCCCACCCUCUAAAAUAAGCUAACAAAAAUGGUGAAUAUGUGGGAUUUCUCAAAAACUUCACGGUGGACUACAUGAAUUUUUGAAACUCCUCCAUCAUAACAUUGGGUGUUCAAUACCACUGUUUCAAGCCCUGUAGCCCAUUUUCAUUUUGGAUCUUCAUCAUGUUGGGCCCACCAACUAAAAUAAGUUGGAAAAACUAGUGCACAGGAUGAAUUUCUAUCACAGUGGGCCAUAUGAGUUUAAUGAGCUGAAGAAAAUGGGGGCCGGGGUGGAUUUCUCAAAAAUAUCAUGGUGGGCCAUGAAUGUUUCGAUGGUGGGAUAGUGUUGUUUCAUCCGUGGACCACAUGGUUCCGAUUUUCUAUUUGAACAGGCAGCGUUCUGUUAGACAAAGUCAUUUAUGGAAAAGCCUGGUGUUUUUUUCAGAAAGAUUCUAGAAGUGGGCCAUUUUUGGGCUUCUGGCCCAAAAGGGAGGUGGCCGAAUGCAAAAAUCUCUAAAAUCUAUGUCAAGGUUGACCAAUCUCUUCUCAGAACCAGCCUCUUCUUCUGAGAAGGAUUUCUUUGAAUCAAACAUAGAAUUCCUUCAUCACUUGCAAGAUCCUUAGCUGCUCGGCAUGAAUAGAUUUUUAGAUACGAGCCCACCUGAAUUGCUCCUGAUUGUGCCGGAUGAUUCCCUGCCCAAAGAUAUCAUUUGUUCCUUUUAUACAUGUGUAUUUUAAACCUUAGAAUUUAAGCAAUGCAUCUAGGAGUCAGAGAGCAAAAAAAUUGCACUAGUUGUCAUAGUGAUGUCGAAAAUUCCAAGAGUCAGAGGAGUGGCGCGGUCCAGGUAGAAAGAUGUUUUCAUCUCUAAACUGUGAUGGGCCUUGCAGGCUUGAUGGCUGUCUGGAUCAGCUUUUAACUUGUUUCAAGCUUCUGCAUACCAUUGUUUAUGUACUUGGUAAUUGGAUGUUUCUAACCAUCCGAUCAGUUGUCCACGGUUCUCCAUUAGAAAAAAAGGAAUAUAAUUACCCAUUUAUGUUAAAGAGAGGCUGUAGAUGGGAUUGCUAGGAUUGUUUGAUCAUUAAGGCUUUUGGGUUGUGGCCCAUGAUUGACCGGGCACAUGAGAUGAAGCAUACAUGUCUAUGGUUGUACCUCCAAUUGUAUCCCAUCACUAAACCCAUGACCAAAAAAAAAAAAAAAACCAAAUGUGUCCCAUCAAGUGACUAGUUACAAUCACGGUCACCAUACAUAUCUAUGGUGGAGAUUGCAGUGAACACAAUUUGAGGUAUGCUAGCCUGAGAGCUUCCUUUCCUAUUGAAAUAUGAGCAAUUAAAAGUAUCCUGCUUUCUCAAGGAAAUUGGCUCAUCACAUUGAUGUUAUUAAAGCAACAACAUUGGUAUCUUGGUGCUUUCCAUUGGCUUUCUUUAUCUCUCUCUUUUUAUUCACCUUUUCUCCCACUUGAUGGAAAAUAGCGUAUAGGUCCACAGUUUGAUUAUUUUCCAUUCCACAUUUAUCACCAUUUUCAGUUCUUUGGCAUUUCCACAGUACCACGAAAAGAUGGCAGAAGCAUUUCUCUCCGCUCUUGUUGAGACAAUGGUGGAGAACUUGAAUUCUCUACUUCUGCAACAGUUUCAAACAGCACGGGGUGUCAAGAAAGAAUUGGGGAAGCUUAAGAGCAUGUUGUCGACGAUCUAUGCAGUGCUUCGAGAUGCAGACAAGCAGCAAGUGAAGAGUGAUGCGCUGAUGGAUUGGCUAAUGAAGCUUAAGGAUGUGGCCUAUGAUGCAGAUGACUUGAUAGAUGAGUUUGUAACAGAAGUUUUUUGGCAGAAAGCGAGGACUCAGUCUGAUACGAUGAAUAGGGUGCGCAACUUCUUUUCUUUUCCAAACUCACUUGUAUUUCGCCUGAGGAUGGGGAGUAGGAUAAAGGAGAUUGGGGAGAGAUUAUAUGAGAUUGCAGAGCAGAGGAAGUUCCAUUUGAGCAACAGAGUUGUAGAUCUUCCAUUCAAUAUUGAUGAAAGACUGCAAACAGACUCUUUGAUUGAGUCAGAAGUUUUUGGCAGAGAUGAAGAUAAGAAGAAAAUUGUAGAGUCAUUGAUUGAUUUUGGUACUCAAGAAGAUGUCUCGAUCAUCCCCAUAGUCGGUAUGGGGGGCCUUGGGAAGACCACACUUGCUCAAUUCGCUUACAAUGAUGAGAGGGUAACCAAGCAUUUCGAGCUAAGAGUAUGGGUUUGUGUGUCGGACAAUUUCGAUGUGAUGAGGGUAAUAAAAUUAAUCAUUGAAGCAACAACUGGUAGCAAAUGUGAUCUUGAAGGCAUGGAUUCACUGCGGCAUGGGCUCCAAGAAAAGCUAAGUGGGAAGAAGUUUUUACUGGUGUUGGAUGAUGUGUGGGAAGAAAAUCCUGAGAAGUGGAAUUCACUGAAAAAAUCUCUCAGAGGUGCCAGGGGUAGUAAAAUCAUAGUUACGAUCCGUAGUGAAAAAGUUGCUUCAAUCAUAGGCACUCUCCCUUCACACCAUUUGCCAACAUUAUCAGGUGAUGAUUGUUGGUCUCUAUUCAGGCAACAGGCGUUUGGGGAUGGAAGACAAGAACAUCUAAACCUUGUAACGCUUGGAAAGGAAAUUGUGAAGAAGCGUGAGGGUGUUCCUUUAGCGGAUGUUGAGAAAGAUGAUGAUGGGAAUAUAGUAUGGUGCAAGAUGGAUGACCUUGCACGCUUUGUUGCAGGGACCGAACACUUGAUUGUGCAGGUCGAGAAUGCAGAGAGCAUCCAUAACAUAUCUCGUCAUUUGUCCUUGGAGUGUGGGUAUAGCAGGAAGGUCCAAACAUUCCCAAAGGCCUUGAAGAAAGUAAACCAUUUGCGAACACUGCUUCUGCUUGAAGGAAGAAGUUUCAACAUCCCUCGUGAUCAUUUUGAACAUUUUAUGGGCUUACGCGUGUUAGAUUUAAGCGGAUCCAGUGUUACUAAGGAGUUGUUGGUUUCAAUCGGCAAGUUAAAACACUUAAGAUACCUCGACCUGUCUGAUACUGAUAUAAAAUCCCUUCCUGAAUCCAUCUGCACCCUUCCCCAUCUGCAAACCUUGAGACUCUUGCAGUGUAUUAAUCUUGCGAGUUACCCAGUGACAUGA